GGCGUUUCUACUGUUCACUGUCGAGGCGUGUAAAAAGAGGUGCUAACUUUUCAGCGGUCAUGUCGAAAUCAAAGAGGAAAGAAGCCUCCACGCAUCGAUUGAAUUCUGCUCUGGGACAGGCGCCGAAUAAAGAAUUAUCAUCAUCUGUUUCAAGUACUGGAGGGAUAUUUGUGGAAUCGAAAAAAGGCAAGUUUUCAAUCUGGCCAGAGUGGAGCGAAGCAGAUGUCAAUGCAGAAAAGUGGGAUGGACCAAAGGGAGCAAAAGACAGAGAGAAGUCUACAAAAAGCCCUAGUGUUCAAUUUUUCGAAGACCCUGAGGGGAAAAUUAAUUUGCCUUCAUCUUUGAAGGUUCAUUCCUGGAAGCGUCCUGCUGAAUUCAUGAUGGACAAGGCACCUACAGUGGUGGAAAAUGAAUCCUGGUUUGAUCUUGUUACAUCAAACGAACAUUUAUUAUGCAGUGAGCUUCUAAGAUGGAUAAUUGGUGAAAUCAACAUGCUAUGGAAAGUCUGCAAUGGAAUUUCAGCAAACGAGGGUCGCACCAGUCCAAUUGAUUUGUUCACAUGGACACCUUGGGAACAUAUUUAUGCCCUGUGUAAAGCUGGGAAAAGCCACAUGCCACUGUAUAAUCUCUACGGCAAAUAUGUGGUGAAACUUUAUUGGAUGGGAUGCUGGAGAAAGAUCACUGUAGAUGACACCAUUCCUUUUGAUGAAAAGAACAAUAUGCUGCUGCCUGCUACAUCCUGUGAUGCAGAACUGUGGCCGAUGUUAUUAGCCAAAGCUCUCAUUAAACUGGCAAAUACAGAAAUCAAUGGAAAUGGAAAACAAGAACUUGGAGAAUUUUCGGUUUUGCAUGCACUUACAGGAUGGCUUCCAGAGGUUAUUCCGCUUCAGUUGGGAUAUUGUGACAAAAUAUGGAAUCUAUUAAAAGAAACAGUUCCUCAAUUUACAUUCCCAGAAGAAAAUACAGAAGAGAAAGAAUCUGUGGAGUCAACCACUAACAUGUGCCAAGAAGCCGAAAUCAAAAGUGAAGUUACAGCUGUCAGUAAAUUGCCUGAAAAAAAUAUCAAAGAUAAGUCUGAAAUGAAAGAUGUGCUGAAGAAAAAAUCAGAUAAAGAAAAGGAAAAAAAAUCCCCAUACUCUGCUCAACCUCCUUCAGAGGCGCAAGCUGCUCCAUCACAGACCGGCCAAGAAAGUAUUACAGGAUCCCAACUCCCACAAAUGGUUGUUUGUGCCAUCUUUUUACCUCUUCAGCUUUCAGAGAAGAUUUCUGUCCUUGGCUUGAUGGCUGAUUCCUCAGAGAAGCUGCGCCAGUAUGGGCUGUCACAUCUAUAUAGUCAUCCAGUAUUAGUGACUAGAACAAGAUCUGGCCCCCUUGUUGUUCCUCCAAAGCCUCCUGCUCUUCCAAGAUGGAAACUGAUACGCCAAAAGAAGCAGAUUAUUGUCACUGAUGAACCAAAAGAAAACCCACCUAAGAAGCCUGAGCAGUUUAUUGAAAUCUGCAGCCCUUUUCUAAAUUACAAAGUAAAGCCCUUGCAGCCAGAAUUGCAUCAUGCAUCAGUACGAAAGGAGCCUAGUCUUGUUACAUUCCCAGAAAAUGAAGAAAAUGACCUGAAUAACAAUGAUACUACUGAGACUGUGACAGUUCUUCAGUCCCAUGAUGCUCUUGAGGUUCCAAUUUCUGGCAACUUAAAAGAAUAUAAUCACACAGGAGAUCUAGGCAAUGAUUCUCAGCCAUUACAAGAACCAAAUACACCAAUUAAAGUGACCGACAAUGGAGAGCAAGAAACCAUUUCUGAAAGGUCAAAUCCUCAAGAGGCCUGGAUUGACUUUGAUGACUUUUGCAAGUGUUUCCAAACACUCUUGGUUUUCCAUAAACCACAAACAUACCAGCAUUCAGCCCAAAGGUCAGACUUCAAGGCAGCAGAUGACAAGAGGCACAGCUUUCUCUUUGUGGACAAUUUGAAACCGUCACAAAUCUUAAUAAGCUUCUCUGCGCUACUGCAAGAUGGAGACUCUGUAUUUGAAAGCAAGGAGAAAUUUGGCAAAGACAGUCCUACAGAGGUCAUGCUGCCAAAGCCUGCCUUACUCAUUGCUGAACCAUUUUCUUGGAAGACUCUAUCCGUCCGUCCACCUGUUCUAAAAAUGCAUACUUUUGCUACCAAAUCAACUAUGGUAAAUAUAUCACCAGGACGUCAUGUUUUUCGGUUCACUGCAAGAUCUCCCUUAGGAUACAACAUUCACUUGUGCAGUUCUGUGCCAUUUAUCUUUGGUGAGGAAGAAACUGUCAUGCCAUGUCUUCAAAAGGAGAGCAACGGUUUUACUGCUCAGGCUAUGGCAAUCAUGAAAGCAGUUGGAAGUGUGAUGAAUCAUUUUAGUGACAAAGCUGAACUUCCCCAGGCCCUGAAGGAGCUUGAACUAGUGCUCUACCCUCCACAGCUCUUCAGCUCGAAGUUGGUGAAAGCACAUUUCAAGGCUUUCAAUAAUGCUCUGCAGUAUACAUUCAUCAAAGUUCUUAGGAAUAAUUUAACCUUAGAUGACGUGUUUGCCAUCAAAGUAUUUACUCGUGAUGCUUCCAACUGCACUAUUGCCAAGGAAUCCCCCAGCCUUACAAGUGUUAAAACUGAAACCCCAGAACAGUGGAUUAACAGAGAAGCAACUGAAGAAGAAAUAGAAGCAGUAACUGUUAUACAGGCUGAAUGGAGAAGGUAUUAUAUUCGUAAAAUAAAGAGAGCAAGAAAGCCAGGAACAAAGGAUAAUGAAAUUGUCACAACAGUCCUACAAAGAAUAUGGUCAGUAAUGGAGCCAAAUAUAGAGCAGCAUGCAGUGACAUUAUUAAGGCAUAUUUUCAAUAGCAACAUAAAGUCUGUUCAGCUUUACCCAUGUUACCAAGAUGAGUGGACCACAAUGUGCUUUGCUGAGUAUUCAGUAACAUAUCUUGAACAACCGAUGAACACAUGGUUUGUUGUAUUCAGGGAAGUGUUUUAUUUUCCAGAAGACACAGAAUUAAUGUCAUAUAUUAGUUGCGAUAUACCAGCCUGCAUUCUUCAUGUGACAGACAAUGAGACAGGAGAAGAAGUACCCAGAAUCUUCCAUAAAGUAGAACCCCAUCUUUAUAAGAAACAUAAGAAAUAUACAUUUACAGCAGAAGCUCAUUCAGGCGAUUCAGCACUCACAUCAGGAAAAUGGAAAAUGCUUCUGGUCGGAUCUUGUAAUCAGUUGCCGAUCCUCAGUCAAGAGCCAAUAAACAACAAUUUUGCUGUGAAGGAAUUUAAAGAUUAUUAUAUUCCAAAUGAUAAACAUCAAAUCUGCAGGGUGUUCAUCAAGGUAACUGCAAAUCAUUUGGCUACUAUUCAGAUACAGACUUCAAAACCUGAUGUGUAUAUCAAGUUACAGAUUCUCAAUAAUGAAAAAGAAGUGGCAUCAUCAACUGGAAAAGGUCAUGUCAUCAUACCAGCAUUCACCUUUUUGACUAAUGAGAGGCCACUGUCAACUUCAAGUCAGACUUCAGGAAAACUUGGUAAAAAGGAAAGAAAUGGCUCUGCUACAAGCCAGAAACAGUCUAGAUCUGUGAUAUCCCAGAUAAAUACAGGUGAAGAAAACAAUAUCCAUAUGACAGUCCCAAAAGAUUCUGGACAUGUUCAACAAGCGAUACACAAAUAUGUUAUCCAAGCUACUGUGCUGCACAAAAGCUGGCCUUUGUCUGAAACACAGCUUGACUUUGUAAAGUCACUGAAAGACCUUGAAACAAAGUCCUCUCCAGCUAAUACAGAGAAAUCAGAUGAAAAUUCUCCACCGCUUAUUACAGAUGUGUCACAAAAUGAGCAACAAAAAUCUCCUGGAACACCAAAAUCCUCCAAAAAAGGCAAAGAAAAACCAGUAGAAAAAUCUGAAAAAGACAAACCCAAUAAAGAAAAAGAGAAGGUGUCAUCAAGGCCAGAGUCACAGGCUCUUGAUGUCAAUAUGCCCUUUUGGACUUUACAUGUUGUGAGUGGACAAGGUGAUACAGAUAAAAUUCAAUUAAAAAAAGAUACUGAACGUGCCGAUGAAAUUAGAAAUAUGAAACAAGCGUGGGAAUCUGCUGAACCAGGGAGAGCUAUGAAGGCUCUGCAGUCUCGGCUGAGGUAUAUUAACAAAUAUUUACGAAGGUUCUCUCCUGAGUUACCAGCUGGCAGGGUUAUGACUCCCAUUACUACCGAAGAAAAAUCUGAAGCAGCAUCAGUAACUGUAAGCCCAGAAACACUUUCAAGUUGUGAAGACAGUUCUCAGCUUCAAAAGUCACAUUUGGACUUGUCUCCUUUCUUCAGAAACACAUUACCAGAACCAGUUCUAAAGGAUAUAUCGAUGACUGAGCAACAAAAUCAGGAUAAACAUGAGGAAAUUCGUCAGUUCCGGCAAGUAAGAGAGUUCAUUUUGCAGCACAGAGAGAUGGAGCAGAAAUCAAGAAGUCUGCUGAAAAUGAAGCAGCUAGAGAUGUAUGAGCAGUUGCAAAUAUCAUUGGAUGAAAACAGACAGAAGAUCCUGGAAAUUCGAGAUGCCUACAGGAAAACGCUGCUGGAUUAUGAACACAAGAAUGAGAUGACAACUGAAGUCGUAACAGCACCUGUGGCUGAAACUGAAAAGAGGAGUCCUCCAUCCCGGCAGAAAAGUUCCAGAUCAGGGAAAAAGAAAUGAAUAUUGCUUAAUGAGCGCAUUGUGUUUACAAAGGAUGCUAUGUCUCAUAAGUUUGCCAUUGUACGCUUUUUCUAUGGCUGUCAGUAUUUACUGUUGUUAUUUUUUCCAAAGUAAAUAAUGUAUUUUAAAAAUCCAAAUUGUAUAACAUUAA